CGACGUCUCUACUCGUUUGUGUUAUCAUCCUUGCGGAUGCGUGUAAUCUCAUUCAAAUUAGGCACGCGUGACCGUUUUCUUUCGAAGGUUUCAAAACAUUCAAUAUUGGAUUUGCGCAAAAUGACCACCCUUUCGCCCGCGGAAUCCGGUGAAUUCAUCGUCAAGAAUGCAAAGUUCCUGAAAGUGAACGAAGAUGGGAUUCGGAGCUUGGUUAAAGAAGUAAUAGAUGGGAUUCAAACAAAGGAAAUCAACGUGGAGAACUUUUCCCAGCACGAGUACCAUCCGAAGCCGACGGAUCCACAUGCUGCGAAUUGGAUAUUUUUGAUCGAUACACUCAACUUCUGCUUCUGGACACCGGGCAAUGCCACCAAGUGGAAGGUUAAUGGCCAAACCGGCUAUUUCUCACUCUGCGCCGCGAUAAAUCGGGCCCUCGCGAAUGGAGUGGACAUCACCAAUCCAUCGUUCUAUUCGAAAAUAACGCUGGAACAGCUGGAACAAAUUCUUCGUUCGGAUGACGGCGAGACUCAACCCUUACUAAUGCCGGAAAGAGUUGCUUGUUUGCAUGAGGUGGGAAAAGUUCUGCUGGAUAAAUACGAUGGAAAAUUUGACAAAUGUGUCGAAGCUUGCAACAACUCGGCCGUGACGCUGCUGAAAUUGGUGACGGAUGAAUUUCCUUGCUUCAGGGACGAGGCAAUGUAUGACGGGAAGCGUGUUUCCAUUUACAAAAGAGCGCAAAUUUUGGUUGGUGAUCUGUGGGCUUGCUACCGGGGUGAAGGUCUUGGAAGGUUCGACGAUAUCGAAAAAAUGACCAUGUUUGCUGAUUACCGGGUGCCGCAAGUGUUGGUACACUUCGGAACGCUUACCUAUUCGGACGAACUGAUGGAUCUGCUGAAGUCGGAUAAAAUUUUGGACAACGGGUGUUCAGAAGAGGUUGAGAUUAGGGGUGCCUCUAUCUACGUGGUGGAGCGUCUGAAGGAAUUGGUGUUGGCCGAGCUGAAGGCGAAUCAUCCGGAUAUUUCACCGAAAAAUGUGAAUGCUGUUUUGCUCGAUCAUUUCCUGUGGGAUUACAGACGGAAGCACGCGGUCGAGUUGGAAUACAUUCCGUUUCACAAGACUAUCAGUGUGUACUACUAGAUUAUAGGUUCUUUUUAUUUGUUUUUGAAUACAGUUACUGUGGAGU